GCCCAUUUCUCGCGAGAGUUUUCUGUAAAGACGGUUAGUAUAAACUCGAUCGCGAAGUUUAGCUCUUUUGUUGAGAUUAGCUGCUAAAAAUGACACUGUUAAAGUGUCAGCAUUGUAUUGGAGAAGAUAAAGCAGCAGAGGACACAGAUCACGUGGAGAAAAUCUUGCCACCGGGGUACAUUCACCUACUGUGUCACCAUGAACUGCUGGAAAUGUCCGGGGAUGUUGAAAACUUUCGAGCGGCUCUUAAAUUGCAGCUGAUUACUGAGGAGCAGGUCCAAAGGUGGCUGGAGGACUUCCAAAAGACCUCAGCUUUAACAUGGAGGAAAUCCAGGACAUACCCUGAUUCUGGACGCUACAACAAAUACAGAGUGGAUCUGAGAUGCCAACACAAAACGUACAGUUCAUCAUCCAAGACGUCCAAAAAUACCAACUGCCCUGCUACCAUGUUUCUGAUUCUCAAGAGAUAUAUGUAUGAAAGAAAGUCUAGAUCAGGAGAUCCGCACAUAGAAGAGGGCUAUUUCCUUCAUGUGAACUUGAGGAAUGAACAUAAUCAUAGACUGAACACUGCAGAGGUUAUGAGGUGGAGAGAUGUGUCUAAUGACACCAUUGAAAAGCUACAACAGCUCUACAAAAGUGGUCACUCUCCUUCAUCUGCACUCAAAACCAUCAAAUACAACCUGCAGGAGGAGGAAGGUGAUAACUACAUUUAUGCUAUUGCAGAUCGAUCCAUUUGCCCGGACCUUCAGUUCUGCUACAGAUUAUACUACAAGCUUUUUCAAAAGUCAUAUGCUGAACCUGCAGAGAAGGACAUUUCAGAAGAGCUUUUCAAACCAUUAGAAUUGGAACAGUCAUGGGAGACAACAACAGUGACAGGACAAACCACGUGCAUUGAAGAUGGAGUGUCUGUUGCUACUCUACCAGUCAUCACUGCAGAAGGAGAACAUUUUACAGAAGACAAUGAGCCAGGCCCAAGCGCAGCUGAAGAGGUUGUUGGGUCUUUGGACGGACAGCUCGAGGAUAUUUUUAGGAUGCUAAAAAAGAAGCUAAAUGAGGAUCCAAGUUAUACACCACCUAUAAGAGCUUUUGUGUCCAAUUUCUUUCAAAUAAAGACUGACAGUGCUCUGCAGUCAUCACUUUUUUGUUUUGGUAAGGCCACUCAGACAAUCAAUCAGAUCACUAUACAACCAGCUGCAGGUCCACGGAGGAGAGGGGCUUUGGCUGGACGUAGAGCUGUUGGCAGACCCCCAAAGAGCUCAAGAAGAGAGCACCCGUACUGCAACAGCAAAUCCAACAACAUUCCCCAAACUCUCACAUUCUGUUUGCAGGAAAAUAACACCCUUGAGAAGACAGAUUAACUGCCUGUCCCUGACACACUACCACCAGCUUUUGGUGUGUCUGGACAUCCAAAUACUGCGUAGAGGCUAUUAAAUAAAUAAGCCUUAUGAAGCUGGGCUUUACAGUGAACAUCAUGAAAUCAAAAUGUACGCCAUUUACUUUAUAUUUUUGGUCUUCUUGUGCACAAUUCAACAGUGCAUGUUGUUUGUGUUUGUACAUUUAAUUACAAUGUAAUGACUUCUAAUGUGUGGGUAUGAAACACCCACUUUUCACCAUGCAGGUUAUUCACUAUGGAUAAAAUCAAGUUCCACCCUACAUUUUUUCCCUCAUUGAAUGUUGCACUCUGCAGUGUCAUAUUAUGGAAGUAAAUUGGGCUGCCAAAGCUGUUUCAUGUCGACUUUACAUUUAUGCAUUUGGCAGACACUUUUAUCCAAAGCGACUUAUUAUGACUGCCAUAUUUUUAAAGGAGUCAAGACAUCUAAUGUUACUGUUACCUCUUAUUUUAACAACCAUAUACAAAAAGAAAAUGUGUUCCUGAUAUCUUCAUUGACCAGACCAAUGCAAAUUGAAUGAUCAUUAUUGCUUUUAUGUGUAUACAUGACCCAAGUUUUAUUUUGAUCCAGUACCGCAUCAGUGUGUGGCCAUUUAAAUGUAGUUUUAUUUUGGCAAAACAUGACAAAUGGUCCAAUCUCAUCACUUCCUCUUUAUGCACAUGGACAAAAAUUAGUGUGCAUAGUUUUGUCAUUUCUAAAUAAUUUUAUUUUGACAAAAUAUCACUUGUCAGUUAUUUGUAAAUUUAUGGAUUUUCCAUCCCAUGAAUGGUAUGGUUUAUUAGCAUAACUGUGAUUUGUAGACAAUGUACAAAUGGCUUGUUAUUAUCCCUGCAAGGCACUACAAAAAGUGUAGUUAUAGGUUUAAUGCUAGCCUUUGUAAAGUACACAACAAUAAACCUGUAAAAUCACGAUUAAUACCAA